AGAGUGACCACAUCAAUACUGUUGACGCGAGCUGCCGACGCUGGCAACUUCUGGACUUUGCACAGUCCGCCCGUAGCAUCACCGGCGCCGGGUUGUUUUUUUAUUUGGCUUUUGCGCGAUGGACGAAACGAGUCCGCUCAUCUCUCCUCUCCGCGAGUCUGGUGACUUAAGUCAUUCUCAUCAGUCCGAAUCCGGCUCACGGCGGGACGGUCUGGAUGGCGUACCUGGUUCGGCAGCUCGCGUGCCCCCGGGGAGCCCUGGAAGCAGUCGCGAGAGGGAAACGUUGCUGGACAGGGGGAGCUCGCCGCGGGAUUUUCACAGGAAUGAGUUUAACGACGACCCAGAGUUCCGAGAGAUCGUGAGGAAAGCGGAGCGGGCCAUCGAGGAGGGCAUCUUUCCGGAGAGAAUCUCGCAAGGCUCCAGUGGCAGUUACUUCGUCAAAGAUGUUCACGGGAGGGUGAUCGGUGUGUUCAAGCCGAAGACUGAGGAGCCGUACGGGCAGCUCAACCCCAAAUGGACCAAGUGGCUGCAGAAGCUCUGCUGUCCGUGCUGCUUCGGACGAGAUUGCCUCGUGCUCAACCAGGGCUACAUGUCCGAGGCAGGGGCCAGUCUAGUGGACCAGAGACUUGCACUCAACAUCGUCCCCAAGACCAAGGUGGUUUACCUGGCAAGUGAGACCUUUAACUACAGUGCCAUUGACCGGGUCAAGGCCAAAGGCAAGAGGCUGGCCCUGGAGAAAGUGCCCAAAGUUGGACAGCGCUUCCACAGGAUAGGACUGCCCCCUAAGGUGGGCUCUUUCCAGCUGUUUGUGGAGGGCCAUAAAGACGCAGAUUAUUGGCUGAGGCGCUUUGAGGCGGAGCCUCUGCCUGAGAUGACCAAUCGGCAGCUUCAGCUGCAGUUUGAGCGACUGGUGGUGCUCGAUUACAUCAUCAGAAACACAGAUCGAGGAAAUGACAACUGGCUGAUUAAGUAUGACUGUCCAGCAGACAAGGGAAGUAAGGAUGAAGAGUGGGUGAUGGUCAAGGAGCCAAUCGUCAAACUGGCAGCAAUAGACAACGGCCUGGCAUUCCCCCUUAAGCACCCAGACUCCUGGAGAGCAUACCCGUUCUACUGGGCGUGGCUGGCCCAGGCUAAAGUGCCCUUCUCUCAGGACAUCAGAGAGCUGGUGCUGCCCAAACUCACUGACCCCGCCUUCAUCAGAGACCUGGAGGAGGACCUCUACGAGCUCUUUAAGAAGGACCCAGGAUUUGACAGAGGGCAGUUCCACAAGCAGCUAGCUGUAAUGAGAGGACAGAUUCUGAAUCUUUCACAGGCUCUGAAGGAGGAGAGGUCUCCACUACAGUUGGUGCAGAUGCCCCCGGUCGUCGUGGAGACGAGGCGGGCUCCGCAGCGAGACGACAGCCAGUCUUACACACACUCACACACACACUCCAACACACACACGGACGAUGAAAUGUCAUACAGCACGCAGAGCCGAAAGCCCUUCUUCAGCUGGUGGUGAGAACAGAGAAGAGGAGAGGAGAGGAGAGGAGAGGAGAGGAGAUAAAAUAAGAGGAGAGAAAAGGUGGAGGAGAGGAGAGAAGGAGGAGAGAAGAGAGGAAAGAAAAGGUGGAGGAAAAGGAGGGGGAGAUGAAAGGAGAGAGGAGGAGAUUGUGGACUCCUGAGCUAAUCUGCCGUUGAAUGUGACUGCAGUGUGUCCCCUCAACUUCAGCUGUGUGUGUGUGUGUGUUAGCUCUGUUGAUGUAUACCUCAGUUCUGUAUGUUGCUGUAUGCCCUAAAGAACAGAGGAGUUGACACACACACACACACACACACACACACACACACACACACACACACAUACACACAUGCAGAAACUCUAAUGAAUGUAUGGUAUCUACAUGUAAUGUACAUCUUGCAUGUAAUGUAUGCUAUGUGUGUUUGCAUACGUGUGUGUGUUUAAUGUAUGACGUGUGAGUGUGUACAGAAUGUGAGUUUGAAUGUGUGUGUGUGUGUGUGUGUGUGUGUGUGUGUGUGUGUGUGUGUAU